AUGGCACUGCCUAAGCGGAUUAUCAAGGAGACAGAACGCCUUAUGGCGGAGCCGGUCCCCGGUAUCAACGCUGUCCCACACGAAGAUAACCUGCGAUACUUUGAUGUCUCCAUCCACGGGCCCGCACAGUCUCCCUACGAAGGUGGUAUCUUUCGCCUGGAGCUUUUCCUGCCGGACGAUUAUCCCAUGACUCCGCCCAAAAUCCGCUUCCUGACCAAGAUCUACCACCCGAACAUUGAUCGCCUGGGCCGUAUCUGCCUGGAUGUCCUGAAGAAUAACUGGUCCCCUGCCCUCCAGAUCCGCACAAUUCUCCUCUCGAUUCAGGCCCUGCUCGGUGCUCCCAACCCAGAUGACCCGCUCGCCAAUGAUGUUGCCGAGCGUUGGAAGGAGGAUGAGCCUGCCGCGAUUCAGACCGCGAAGGAGUGGACUCAAACCCACGCGAUGACCUGA